UCGUCGAUCGGGUGCAGUGCAGUUCAUCAGAAUUUCCUUAGAGGUUUAGAGAUUGGGUUUUUCCUUAGAGAGUAUCGCUUGCUCAAGUUCUUAAGUGUUGAGUGUUCUGAAGUGAUAGAAAAAUAAUCGGAAUAAGGACUGUCCUGAAGUGUGCUGAAUUUGUGAAUGUUCCAGAGGGUCGCUUAGUGAAAGCCAACGAUCAGAGAAAAUGCGGCUGCUAGUGCUAGUUCUAGCGCUAGCAACCUCCGGCUAUGCGGAAAUAACAACGCGGAUAGGUCCGGAUGGGUAUGACUAUCCCAAACCAAACAUUCCUUUCCCGUCGCCGGAAAAGCCAGUUCAGCCCAGCACACCGAGACCUUGUCCAUUCGGAGGCAUUCCUCCGUACUGCUGUACCAAUGGAGGCCAGGGGCCCAACUGUGUUGUUCCAACUCGACCGACUCCGGGACCUACAACACCUGCGCCUUGUCCAUAUGGUGGAGUCCCACCGUAUUGUUGUACGAACGGAGGUCAAGGUCCCAAUUGUGUAGUACCAACUCGACCAACUCCACCACCCGGAUGUCCUAAUGGUGGAGUUCCUCCGUACUGCUGUACCAAUGGGGGUCAAGGUCCCAACUGCGUUGUUCCAACACGACCGACUCCAGGACCCACUACUCCAGCUCCUUGUCCGUUCGGAGGCAUUCCUCCGUACUGCUGCACUAACGGAGGUCAGGGUCCUAACUGCAUAGUCCCAACACGCCCUACUCCCGGACCAACAACGCCUGCCACAUGUCCAUAUGGCGGUGUUCCUCCGUAUUGUUGUACAAAUGGAGGCCAAGGUCCAAACUGUGUAGUUCCAACACGUCCAACUCCAGGACCAACUAUUCCAGUAGGAUGUCCAAACGGUGGAAUCCCUCCAUAUUGCUGUACUAACGGAGGUCAGGGUCCCAAUUGCGUAGUUCCAACACGACCAACUCCAGGACCAACAACUCCUGCCCCAUGCCCAUUCGGUGGAAUCCCCCCAUACUGUUGCACAAACGGUGGUCAAGGACCCAACUGUGUGGUUCCAACACGUCCAACCCCAGGUCCAACCACUCCUACAUGCCCAUACGGCGGAAUUCCACCAUAUUGCUGUACAAAUGGCGGUCAAGGCCCCAAUUGUGUAGUUCCAACUAGACCAACUCCUGGACCAACAACCCCAGCGCCAUGCCCAUUCGGAGGAAUUCCACCAUACUGUUGUACCAACGGAGGUCAGGGACCGAAUUGUGUUGUACCAACCCGCCCAACUCCUGGUCCUACUACUCCGGCUCCAUGUCCAUUCGGAGGCGUUCCACCGUACUGUUGCACAAAUGGAGGUCAAGGCCCUAAUUGCGUGGUUCCAACACGUCCUACUCCUGGUCCAACAACACCUAAGCCUUGUCCUUUCGGUGGUAUUCCUCCAUACUGCUGUACAAAUGGAGGUCAAGGCCCCAACUGCGUUGUGGCAACACGACCAACACCCGGACCAACUACUCCUGCGCCCUGUCCUUUCGGAGGCGUUCCACCGUACUGUUGCACAAAUGGAGGUCAAGGCCCCAACUGUGUGGUGCCAACACGACCAACACCACGACCACCGACUCCCACGACGCCCAGACCUUGCCCUAACGGAGGUGUGCCGCCGUAUUGCUGCACAAAUGGAGGAUCCGGACCCAAUUGCUACGUACCGGUGCCACCAGUUCCCCCACCAACCCGACCGCCACCACCUCGUCCUACUACUGGCGACAACGAAUAUCUUCCACCGUGCACGAAUGGUGGCCAAGGACCGGAUUGCGUUCUUCCUAUAACGCCGCCACCAACCAGACCCCCAACGAGGCCACCCACUAGCCCAACAGGUUGUCCAUAUGGCGGAGUUCCUCCUUACUGCUGUACCAACGGAGGACAGGGUCCCAAUUGUGUUGUUCCGACGAGACCUACUCCUGCCCCAACAAGACCUACCGAAAGACCAAGCGGUACACCGUCGUUCUGUCAGAACGGAGGUGAACCACCGUACUGUUGCACCAAUGGGGGUCAGGGACCGGAUUGUGUCACUCCUACUCGACCACCUACUCGACCUCCCACACAACCCUCGGGUUGUCCUAAUGGUGGAGUCCCACCGUACUGUUGUACCAAUGGUGGAUCUGGACCCAACUGCGUUGUACCCACUCGACCGCCAACAAAACCAACUCAAAACAACGAAUAUCUGCCUCCCUGCCCUAACGGUGGAGUUGGCCCAACUUGCACAACUCAACCAGGACCAACACGUCCCCCAACAAGACCUCCAACGACUCCAUCAGGCUGUGUUAAUGGAGGAGUUCCUCCAUAUUGCUGCACAAAUGGUGGACAAGGACCAGAAUGUGUUGUCUCAAUCAAACCAACACUGCCACCACGCCCUACUACUCCUACCUGUCCAUACGGCGGUGUUCCUCCUUACUGUUGCACAAACGGUGGUCAAGGACCGAAUUGUGUAGUUCCCACGAGGCCAACGCCAGGACCAACAACUCCAGCACCUUGCCCGUAUGGAGGUGUCCCUCCAUACUGCUGUACUAAUGGAGGAUCAGGCCCUAACUGCGUAGUUCCUACAAGACCAACUCCAGGACCAACAACUCCCUCAGGAUGUCCGAACGGUGGAGUUCCCCCAUACUGCUGUACAAACGGAGGGCAAGGACCGAAUUGCGUAGUCCCUACAAGACCUACUCUACCACCACCAAGACCAACGACUCCAGCACCUUGUCCAUAUGGAGGAGUCCCACCGUAUUGUUGUACUAAUGGUGGACAAGGUCCAAACUGUGUUGUUCCCACAAGACCUACUCUUCCACCACCUCGACCAACUCAACCCGCGGGAUGUCCCAAUGGUGGAGUUCCUCCAUACUGUUGUACAAACGGAGGUCAGGGUCCAAACUGUGUAGUUCCCACACGGCCAACUCCUGGACCAACAACUCCUGCACCUUGUCCGUUCGGCGGUAUUCCACCAUACUGUUGCACGAAUGGAGGUCAGGGUCCAAAUUGUGUAGUUCCUACCCGUCCAACUCCAGGACCAACAACACCUGCUCCCUGUCCUUACGGCGGGGUUCCACCUUACUGUUGUACUAAUGGCGGACAAGGUCCAAACUGUGUUGUUCCCACAAGACCUACUCUUCCACCACCUCGACCAACUCAACCCGCGGGAUGUCCCAAUGGUGGAGUUCCUCCAUACUGUUGCACCAAUGGAGGUCAAGGACCUAGCUGCAUAGUUCCAACACGGCCAACUCCUGGGCCAACAACUCCUGCUCCUUGUCCAUUCGGAGGUAUUCCUCCAUACUGCUGUACAAACGGAGGUCAGGGUCCAAACUGUGUUGUUCCCACUCGACCAACUCCCGGACCCACAAUACCUGCACCUUGUCCAUAUGGUGGAGUCCCACCAUAUUGUUGCACGAAUGGAGGUCAAGGUCCCAAUUGUGUGAUACCAACACGACCAACUCCAGGACCUACAACGCCAGCAACUUGUCCGUUUGGAGGUGUUCCGCCUUAUUGUUGCACAAAUGGAGGACAAGGUCCAAACUGUGUAGUUCCAACUCGUCCAACUCCAGGGCCAACACGACCAACAAUUCCAUCACGUCCCACAUCUGACAACGAGUAUCUGCCACCUUGCUCCAAUGGCGGUUACGGUCCCAGUUGCACUUCACCUACACCUGGACCAACCACGCCUACUGGAUGUCCGAGCGGUGGAGUACCCCCGUACUGUUGCACUAACGGAGGUCAAGGGCCAAAUUGCGUCGUACCCACAAGACCUCCACCGAGACCAACAACGCCGGCUCCAUGCCCCUUCGGUGGAAUACCACCUUACUGCUGUACUAACGGAGGGCAGGGACCAAACUGCGUAGUUCCAACUCGACCGACUCCGGGACCAACCACUCCCGCUGGAUGUCCCAAUGGUGGAGUUCCUCCUUACUGCUGUACAAAUGGUGGACAAGGACCCAAUUGCGUUGUGUCCACAAGGCCGCCUCCGAGACCAACAACUCCUGCUCCAUGUCCGUUCGGAGGCAUCCCACCAUAUUGCUGCACCAACGGAGGUCAAGGUCCCAACUGUGUGGUGCCUACUCGACCAACACCUGGACCAACGACGCCCGCUGGAUGUCCAAAUGGAGGAAUUCCUCCAUUCUGCUGUACCAAUGGAGGUCAAGGCCCCAACUGUGUAGUACCAACCCGCCCAACUCCAGGACCAACAUCUCCCUCAGGAUGUCCAAACGGUGGAAUACCCCCUUACUGUUGCACAAACGGUGGACAAGGACCUAACUGCGUUGUGCCGACGCGUCCACCUCCAAGACCUACAACGCCCGCUCCAUGUCCUUAUGGAGGUAUUCCACCAUAUUGCUGUACUAAUGGAGGUCAAGGCCCUAACUGCGUUGUUCCGACGCGUCCAACUCCAGGACCAACUACUCCAGCUGGAUGUCCCAACGGAGGAAUCCCUCCAUUCUGCUGCACCAAUGGAGGACAAGGUCCCAACUGCGUUGUGCCAACACAGCCUCCUCCACGCCCAACAACUCCUGCAUCAUGCCCCUAUGGAGGAAUACCACCUUUCUGCUGCACAAAUGGCGGCCAGGGUCCCAACUGCAUAGUCCCCACUAGACCACCUCCAAGUCCCACAACUCCCCAGCAAUGUCCAUUCGGAGGAAUCCCACCUUACUGCUGUACCAACGGGGGUCAAGGUCCCAACUGCCUGGUUCCAACUCAACCUCCACGACCAACACUGCCUCCGGUGACCCGACCCCCGUCUCCCAGUUGUCCAGCGGGUGGAGUUCCGCCCUACUGUUGCACCAACGGAGGCCAGGGACCGAACUGUGAAGUGAAGCCAUCUCAUACGCUCGACGAAAAUGGUUACCACUACGAUCGUCCGAGUAAACCGUUCAACUUCUAGAGGGGAACUGGAGAAACCAAGCCAGAGCUAUUUAUUACAUUGCCUCACCUACCAUAAAAUGUUCAUAAUAGGCCAAUUGAAUUCCAGCGAAAAGAGACAAACCCGUUCGUCAUUUUGUGCAUUUGUGUAUAGUUAUCUGAAAAGAAGCAAAAAAAAAAAUUGGAAGCUUUCCAUGAUUGAUGUAAAGUUAAUUUUUAUUAAAAUGGGAGCUCUGUUUUACUUCCAGCAAUACUCGUUAACGCUGUGCCCAAGCCCAAGGGUCUUCUAGGGGAGAGUGGAACAAUGCGCUUAAAUAGCGGCAAUUGUUCUGAAUUUAGAGACUAGCUAGCGAUAAGUAAACUAAAAAAUUUAAUAAAAAAGAUUAAG